AAGUGGGAAAACACGUAUUUCAAAAUGUCAACACCAUAAAGUUUCGUGAAAAAUUUGUUUUAUUCGUUUAGUGUGAUUGUGUUGUGACAAACUCAAGGUCCAAAGACAUGUAUUUUGGUAAAACUGAUCAGGGUUUUCCCAUACAUUGUUAGUUUCAGAGUGUUAUUUGUUACUUAUUAAAGUUACUUAUUGUUGCUAUUUGAACAUGGCAAAUGUCACUGGCCCUCCUUCCCUUGAUUCCGAAUAUGACGAGUAUCUUGCCAUACCAGACAUAGAUGAUGAUGGAACACCAUACACUGUUACAGAUGGUUUGGGAGGAAAAUGUGAUCUUGAUGAUAUCCCACUUGGAUCACGAGCUCUUCCAUUCAAAAAUGUACACUUGCCACCUAUCAAGUUUAAGUCACCUCAUAGAAGAAUAUUCAUUUCUAAUGAAGAGAUAGAACUGCAAUUUACCGAUUACGAAAGAAGUGUCACUACUCAUCUUCUGAAUCCUAACCUCUACACUAUUGAGCUGAGGCACGGAGACUUCACAUGGACUUUGAAGAAGCGAUAUAAACACUUCCACCAACUCCAUCAACAGUUGAGGUUAUUUAGAGCUUCACUCAACAUUCCAUUUCCCACCAAGACACACAAGGAACGCAGAGAGAGCGCAAAACACAUCGCAACCCACAGCAAAGGAGGCACAUCAGGCUCACUUCCUAGGUUCCCAUCUAAACCUGAUGCUCUGGUCCCAGAUGAGCAAAUAGAAAACCGCAUGCGACAGUUGGAAGAAUACCUUCGCAAUCUCUUGAAAAUCCCUUUAUACAGAGACCACCAUGAAACUACAAAUUUCCUGGAAGUGUCACAGCUUUCUUUUGUCGCUGGACUCGGGCUGAAAGGGAAGGAGGGCGAGAUACUGAAGCGUACACGGAGUGCUCAGCCUGGCGCGCGGGGUUGUAACUGCUGCGGUCUGCUCAACAACGGCUGCUGUGUCAGGUGCAACUAUCUAUGCAGUGAUGUGUGUGGCUCGUGGCGUCGUCGCUGGCUUGUAGUGAAGGACUCCUUCAUAGCCUACAUCCGGCCCAGAGACGGGUCUGUCAAGUGCGUCAUAUUGUAUGAUACCAACUUUGAAGUGUCUUCAGGCAUUUUUUCCACCGGACUUAGAAGAGGGCUGCACAUAAUUAAUUUAAGCAGGCACAUAGUGAUCAAAUGUCCAACACGAAGGACCACACAAGAAUGGAUGGCCUAUAUAAGGGAGAACGCACACAACAGUGACUUCAUCCGUAGUAAUCGGUACCACUCUUACGCGCCGUACCGCAUAGAGACAAUGGCGUCUUGGUUUGUGGAUGGAUGUGACUACAUGAGCGCUGUGGCCGACGCGAUGGAACGUGCACGAGAGGAGAUCUUCAUAGCCGACUGGUGGCUGAGUCCUGAAAUAUACAUGAAGCGACCUGCGAUAGAGGGUGAUUAUUGGCGGCUGGACAAAAUACUACAGAGGAAAGCGUCUCAAGGUGUGAAAGUUUUUGUCUUGCUGUAUAAAGAAGUGGAACUAGCACUUGGAAUCAACAGUUACUACAGCAAACAAAGAAUUGUGUCCAGCCAUCCUGCCAAUAUAAAAGUUCUCAGACACCCAGAUCAUGCCAAGGCUGGAGUGUUUCUGUGGGCUCAUCAUGAGAAGAUAGUAGUUGUAGACCAGUCAGUCGCCUUCCUGGGUGGCAUCGACCUCUGCUACGGCCGCUGGGACACCCACGAGCAUCGAUUGACAGACCUGGGAAGUGUGUCGUCUGCAGUGAGGAACGGACUACACAGGAUAUCCACGUCCAGUCACCAGUACAAGACCUCGGCCCCCACACUGCUACAUCUAGCUAGGGUCACCAACUCACUUGGGGUGGGCCUCGCCACCGUGCCUGAGGUUCUUACUGACAAUAGCACAGAGCUACAGGAUGUGCCCCUCACACCCACAGAUGAGGUCGAUGCUGAAGGUUUCCAAACAGCCAACGGCAACCUACUCAACCAACCAUCACCUGAGAACAUGAAGGCUGACACACCCGAGCUGGAGAGAAAGAAUGUCUUUGACAGGGUUAAAGAUAAUGUCAAAUCACUGUUGAGCUUCGACAGUGAAAGUGAGAGUGAAGAAGAAAAAGAUAAGGAGAAAGUUAAUGAAGGUUCUCCUGAUGUACCGGUGGAGGAGACUGCUCUUCCUGAAAUUGUUGCCAACAGCGAAAAUAUAUAUUCUGGAGGUGAAGCUCAAGAGAUUGUGGACACUAGUAAAAAUUCAAUGAAAGGCCUCUUUGGUAAUGCCAAAUAUUGGAUUGGUAAAGACUAUACAAACUUCAUUGUAAAAGAUUUCAACAAUCUGGACAGGCCUUAUCAAGACCUGGUAGAUAGGAGCCACACACCCCGCAUGCCCUGGCACGAUGUUGGGGCUAUGGUACACGGAGCUGCCGCUAGAGAUGUGGCGCGACACUUCAUCAUGCGAUGGAACGCUGUCAAGCUGGAGAAGGCCAAGUUGAACCCAAUGUACCCUAACCUGAUACCAAAGACAUACAGAGACGUAGAGCUGACUCCAAUAAUGCAGCUCCCCGAUGUCAAACUGUACAGGGUGAAAGCUCAGAUUGUCAGGUCUGUCAGUCACUGGUCGGCAGGGUUCAUGGACCAGGAGACAUGGGAGGGCAGCAUCCACGAGGCCUACGUAGACAUCAUCAGCAAGGCCAAGCGCUACGUAUACAUUGAGAACCAGUUCUUCAUCACUCUAGCUUCGCUCCAAGUGAGAAACCAGAUAGGUGAUGCGUUGUUCAAACGGAUUCUGCGUGCUCAUAGAGAGAAGACUCAGUUCCGAGUGUUUGUCGUGAUGCCGCUGCUGCCAGGCUUUGAGGGAGAGGUUGGCAGUCCGUCAGGCUCGGCUCUUCAUGCCAUUACUCAUUGGAACUAUGCAUCCAUCAACCGAGGGAAAGAUUCUUUGAUGGUUCGUCUGAAAGAAGCCGGAGUCCCUGAUCCUUCAGAAUUCAUCACUUUUCACGGACUUAGGACACAUUCUGAACUUAAUGGAGAAUUGGUGACUGAGUUGAUAUACGUUCACUCAAAACUGUUGAUCGCAGACGACACAACAGCCAUCUGUGGUUCUGCCAACAUCAACGACAGAAGCCUGUUGGGUAGCCGGGACUCUGAAGUGGCAGUUGUAAUACAGGAUGAAGAGUUUGAGGAGGUGACGAUGGGUGAGGAGACUGUGAAGGUGGGUUUCUACUGCGGAGAGCUUCGACAGAGACUGUUCAAGGAACAUCUUGGACUGUUGUCUCCAGGCAGCAGCUCUGUGGACCUCAGUGACCCAGUGUCUCCUCAGUUCUACCAUGACGUUUGGAGAACCACAGCCAAGACUAAUACGGAGAUAUUCGAGAAGGUAUUUAACUGCAUCCCCAGUGAUGAGGUGACCAACUUUCAAACACUACGCCUCUACCAAGACAAAAUGCCUCUGCACUGCACUGAUCCUUCGUUUGCUGAGAAACUCAUGCAAGAUAUCAAGGGCCAUCUUGUUAUGUUGCCGUUGAACUUUCUUCGAGACGAGAUCCUCACUCCGAACCCCAGCUCGGUCAAUGGUAUGAUGCCUACCACCCUUUGGACCUAGAUAGACUUGCUGUACGUCACAAGGAAACUACAUUAUUAUUGCAGUUGAAAAUGACAGUACAUCGUCUUAAGAAAGCAAAAUAUUGAAAGUUACCACUUAGCACGGCAGCUUUUUGAAGCUUUUAUAAUAGAAAUGGGCCAAUUCAGAUUCUUUAUACUUGUGACUUAUUAUUCAAUACUUAAUCUCCAGAAUAUUAGUUGUUACCUAUUUUAUUGGCUUUAGUUUUUUACUACAAUUUACCAUUAUUUGUCUCCUGUGACCAUAGUGGAAUUGCCGUCCACUCCUACACAAUCAGGGUUUAUUUUGCAGAUUAUAGUGCAAGAUUCUAUCCUAAAAUAAACCCAAAUAUUCAAAUCCUGAAAAAAAAUCAUAAAUAGAAUUGUCCCCCAAAUAAGGUUUUGACCAUCUAAAGGCGGCUCCAGACAUGCACCAUUCGCCAAGCACCAAACAGCAACUCGCCAAAUUUCGAAUAGUGUGGAUAGGGGUUUGUCUAUUUGGCAAGCAGCAAACAUUCGUGCUCUUGUUUUCCCGUUUAUUGUCAGUAUUUUCGCACACAUCAAAGUGAACAAAUACUUUUGCUAUUCUCAAAACAAACAGUUGCUCGCAAAACAACACAUGUGUGUAGUUUCUUCUCGUUAAUCGGCGAAUAGCAAGACAACUAGAUCUCCGAAAGUCAAAUAUUUUGUCCUUUGAGAAUGGUGCAUGUCUGGAGCUGGCUUGGUUAUGGACUAAUUAGGGAAAAAUAU